AUGGACGGAGUAUACUUGGAUGAGAAUGGGGAACUGGCAGCUGACUUGGACGUUGUGAACUGGGUGAAGUUUCCCAAUCAGUCCAUCCUAAGGGUGAAGUUUGGGAGUCUUGACAGACAGGGCUCCCCAAAGCUACAGCUCACCAUCAACCAGGAUGCCCUUGUGUGGCCCAAAUGGCUCAAUCAGACCUUGCCUCCUUCCAGGUGUGUGGAAAGCUGCCAUCCCGGGUUCAUCAAGGUGACUCAGGAAGGAAAGCCACCCUGCUGCUAUGACUGCAUUCCCUGUUCAGAAGGGACCAUCUCCACGCAGGAAGAUGCGAACCGUUGCAUCAAAUGUCCAGAAGAUCAACAUCCAAACAAGGACCAAGAUCAAUGUGUCCCCAAGAUUAUCACCUUCCUUGCCUAUGAAGAACCUUUGGGGAUCCUCCUGGCUUCUUUUGCCCUCAUCAUGUCCUUAGCCACAGGCCUUGUGCUAGGGAUCCUAAUGAAAUACACAGAAACUCCCAUAGUCAAAGCCAACAACCGGGACCUCUCCUACAUCCUCCUCAGCUCUCUCCUGCUUUCCUUUUUGUCCUCCUUCCUCUUCAUUGGCCAGCCAAGGGGUGGGAUCUGCCUCUUCCGACAAACAGCCUUUAGCAUAAUCUUCUCGGUUGCCGUCUCUUCUGUCUUGGCAAAAACCAUCACUGUGGUUCUGGCCUUCCAGGCCACAAAGCCAGGGAACAAGGUGAGGACAUGGCUGGGGAAGAGUUUGGCCAACUACAUUGUCAUUUCGUGUUCCAGUUUCCAAGUUCUCGUCUGCACCAUCUGGCUGGGGACCUCUCCCCCAUUCCCAGACUCUGACAUGCACUCCCAACCUGGAGAGAUCAUCCUGCAAUGCAACGAAGGGUCUGUUGCCAUGUUCUAUGGUGCCCUUGGCUACAUGGGCUUCCUGGCUGCCAUCUGCUUCACAGUGGCUUUCCUAGCCAGGAAGCUACCUGGGGCCUUCAAUGAAGCCAAGCUGAUCACCUUCAGCAUGCUGGUCUUCUGCAGUGUUUGGGUGUCCUUUGUGCCCACUUACCUGAGCACAAAGGGGAAGUACAUGGUAGCCGUGCAGAUCUUCUCUAUCUUAGCCUCUAGUGCUGGGCUUCUGGGCUGCAUCUUCCUUCCCAAGUGCUACAUUAUCGUGCUGAGACCUGAUCUGAACACAAAGGAGCAUCUACAGCUAACAAUCAAAUCAAAAGAUGGUAUGUGA